UUCCAGAAAGAACCCCUGUCCGGAAGCUAGGGGCAGACUGGGAUUGUUAAAGAGAGAGCAUUCGCUUGCUGUUUGAUGAUCGAUUCUGUCGUCAUGACAUGUGAAUGCUGCUAGACGGUCAUCAGCCUACGUAGACUUCCAUCACUCAUGCGCAUACUCGGACCGUCUUUUUAGUCUCUGAGCAGAGAUAGCGAUCGAGACGGAGGGUCCGAUAGGCAGCAGAUAUGGGAAUGGAGACUGGAGGCUUCGUUAAAGGCUUGGCUGGGGUGCGGAUGUCCAGAACGAGCGAGGCGCAUCCCACCACAUUCCACAGAUAGGCGGCCACAUGGCAAUCAAUAAUGACUGAUUGAGUGAUGGUGGCUGACAAAUUGUUGGGCACAUGUAUGUGUCUGUCUCUGGCGGACUGUCUCUGGUGGACUGGAGUGGACUGGACUGGGCUGGAUUUAGACGAGUUUCAUUCUGGUUGCACUGCGUUGUGCAGACUGGUGCCAACAAAGAAAACGCCCGAGCGAAUGCACGUGUGAUAUGUGUGUCAGUUGUGGAUGUGGUGGAUGUUAUGGAUGCUGUGUAUGUCGUGUCUGAGGUGUGUCCCGCGCUGACGGUGGAUGUGGGUGUGUGCCUGAGCGUCGGGAGUCGUGACAAGGGGCCGCGAGCGGAAUACUCACCACAGUUGUCCAAUCAUUCGGGAGUCGCGUGUAUUGUCCUUCUCAUUGUCGUCAUCGAAACCGCCGCCGUCGCUCGAGGGCCCCAUCUGUCCGGUUCCCCUAGGCCCGGCACCUUGUGGCCUAAUGGCCGCCCAAGCCGUCCGCCUGGGCUAGCAGUCGGUUUGGCUUGGGCCAGCAGUUUUGACCCGGGACAGGCACGGCGCAGAGGGCAAGACAAGACGGCACCUCCUAAGACACAUGGACGGAGCCUCGAACAUGGCACAUCCCAAGGGCAAUCUCAAGGCAAUGUCAAGAGGCACGCAGAUGGCUGCGGAUCCGAGCGUGUUCCAGCAACCACGUACCAGUGCUCAGCCAGUCGGGGCGUGUCGGGUGGCGGUACGGCUGGUUGCCGACCUGAGCUGGCAAGCUGGGCUCUCCACACUUUUUUUCACGGCACGCGCACCGACGAGCCCACCGCUGCCAAUACCGCCAUUACAUACGCCGUUCGCCGCAUGCCGUAUGCCGCUACAAGAGCCUCGGGCAGCCGUUUAGUCCGCCUCAUCGCGAGGUCCCAAGGCUCCGUCACCGUCUUUCCUUUAUUCUGCCGUGCCUCCAUCACUCUCUUGCCGCCUGUCCGCCCCCCCGAAACCGCGCUGCCGCUGUGCCCUACAUUCAUCCAUCCUCCAUCCCUCCCUCGCUCCCUCCAGUUCAACCUCCUCUUCGACCUCGACCUCCCUUCAACCUCGACUUCCCCUUCGAAACUCGCCCUCGCACGCCGUUAUCAGCUUCAAGAACGUUCUCAGCCUCCGUCUUUCCCAACCGCGAAAUCUCCAUCUAAUCGACUUCCGCGACACCCGCUGCACCUUCGGCAUUCGGAUCGACCUCCAGAUCGACGGCUCUUUCCCAACUCCUCGACAACAACUGCGACGGCUACGACUGCUCCGACUGCUACGACAACUACGACCCGUUCGCACCUCCAUGUCGCUCCAAUAAUCUUCACCCUACAACUCCCCUACAACGCCCUGAUCCUCUCUCCGUCCGCUCUGGACGGAAUCAUGGCAGUCAGUGUCUCCUCUGAAGCCUUCCUGCCCUCGGGCGCCUUCUACAGCAACAUGGCUCUUCCCAUCAAUCCUCACUUCCCUUAUCCCAGCGACUCGUCAAUCGCGACGCCGUCCUCCUCCUUCCCUCCAGCCGCCAGCCAUCACCAACUACCUCCUUACUUUAACCAUCACCAAAGUCACCAGAAUUACCCGACCCAACACCAGUCCGAUCGUGGCCGCCUCCCGCCCGCCAGUUCCUUUCCGCUCCAGCCUGCAGACGCCCAUCCGCUCUCCCUCUCAUCCUUGCGUGCUGCCCAGGCUGCUACCGCGAACCAUUCACCAAACCAUCUCCAUGCUGAUGCUUCGAGUAACCUUCGCGCCGCCAGCAUCUCCCCAUCUCAACCCGUCCCCUUACCCAUCCCCGACCGUGGAUUCCCGCCUUCAUCCGCGGCCCCUCUAUCGAGCGUCCCUCAAUAUCUAGCUGGAGCUUCCCUCUCAAGAUCCGUCUCUGCCGACGCCGCUCCGUCCACUCAGCAAACCUCACUAUACAUGGUCCAGCGCCUCGUCCAACAAAAUACGCUUAUUCGUGAAGCCUGGGAAGCGGAGCGCAACCAUCUUGAGACGAACCGCCGCCGUGCUGAGGAGGUCUACCAGGAGGAGCGCGCCAUCAUGGAUGACGUUCGUGAGAGCUGGGACUCGGAAAAGACUAUAAUGAUACGCGAGAUCGAGUCGCUCAAGGAACGCCUUUACCGCCUCGAAGGCGAAAACUCGACCCUCAAAGCCGUUACUGCUCAGAGCAUCCAAAUGUCACCCAUGGGAAGCCAACGGGCAGGCAGUGGCGAUGGUUCUAUCGAGAGUUCGUACUUCUCUGCACCUCCAGGCCACCUGACGUCACGAUCCCCGAACGCAACAAUGCCGACGAGUUUUUCCAUGAUUGACGCUACUUCUUUGCCGCCUGGCCUCGAUGGUGCAUCUCGCCGACCUCACUUCCGCACAUCCGCAAGUGCUCGCGUGUCUCCCACCACACUGUGCCACUCAACAUCCUUCGGACCAAUGGAUCCUCGAAUGCAGCCUGAAAACUCCAUCGCCAAGGACUUCCUCUCGUCCCCAUCCGACGACUCCGAGACACCAAUCCCCAUCAUCGACGUUCAGGAAAUCGAUCCCAACUUGGAAGGAAUCCCCAUCAAGGCGACGGCGGUCCAGCGAUCCACCUUUGCCCUCGGUGGAUCUCCUCCCGAAAAUCCAGCAUCCCCAGCCACCUCUCCUCCUCCCGCCAAUGCUGCCCAGUACACAGAACAAAGCCGGAGGCUUUCAGGUUUGCGCGGGUCAUCCAAGGAGUACACGCUGCAGGUCCUCAAUGCCGUAGAAUCCCGGCGGCUAACAAUCCAUGCCGGCCACACCCCCAACCACUCUCUCUCCCUCUUCCCCACUGUCACCGGUACUGAGACGAAUUCCAUCGCUGGCGUGAGCGAGGGUGCCACUCCAACUGUCGAGAUGACCGCAGACAUCCCAAUCCAUCACAGGGAAUCGGACGAUGAUGAUGAGGACACCCCCACCCGUCAACCCGGCCAAGAGGAUCCUUCGGCAAAUGACAAUCCAGACCACCCUGAGCCCAUGAUGGAUCCCGAGGAAGACAAGCCACUCAAGGGACCUCUAAUGAUCAAAAACAUACCUGCACAGGACGAGAUAUUCUGGGAGGCAGUCAACAAGAAGCUCACGCCCAUCAGCCAGGGCGAAAACGCCCUCCCAGCCGUUAUGCAGUCUUCGCCGGACGACAUGGAGUCAAUCGCCGACACUGAGACCAUGUAUACUCUGGACCAGAGGCCUAGAGGGUCCACCGACCCAGUUGGUGGAGACGGAUCCCACGAUGCUCAUGCGGACGCCGAUGAUGACACCUGCGAGUUUGGUGACCGCAAAAACAUCGAGGUUGACAUCCCCUUGAAGUUCAAGGCGACGUCCAAUUUCGGUGCUCCAUUUGGCGCAACAAAAUUCGGUACAGUGUAG